AUGGAGAAACUCAAAGCUGAUGCUGCCGAAAUAAUGAUCUGCGCCGGUCAACUGAAAGGUUUACUCAACCAUUUGCGCAUGGGUGAAGCCAACAUUGAGAAGAGCUCUCGAGAGCUAGAUUUAAAGGAGAAGGAGCUGCAAAUUUUGAGCUCAGACCUUGAGCAAAAGAGUCAUGCUUUUGAAGCAGAGAAAUCUGAAGUUGGUGAUUUGAAGAAAUUGGUGGAAGAGUGUACUGAAGAACUGAGGUCAAAGAGGAAUCUACUGACUGUGAAGCUGGAUUCGUUGAUAAGGGUUCAGAGAGAGCUUGAGUUAAAGGAUAACCAAUUGGUACAGGUUAUGGCUGAGCUUAAGAGGCGUUACAGUGAGGCUCGUCAUGUUCAAAAGCGUAAGAGAGAAAUGGAAGAUGAAACAGCUACAAAAAAGAAAGAGUUGUCUAUGACUGUUGACCAGAUUCAAGAAUCUGGCAAACAGCUUGAGAAGAAGUCUCGGGAGGUAGAGUUGAAGGAUAAAGAGAUUGAAGAGAAAGGAAAAGAACUUGAUUUGGUUAAGAGUCAAGUCAAAGCAUGGGAAAGGAAACUCAUUCAGCUGAGUAAAUUGGUUGAUGAUGAUUGUACUACAGAACUAAGUCCGAGGAAAGAUCAAGUGGAUUCAUCGAACAACACUUAUGUGAAAGAGUUGGGAUAGACGAAAACCGUGCUUGUGAAACAUAGUGGUGUAGAAGAGGAGA